AUGUCGUGGUUUGACUCUGUGAAAGAUGUAGCUAAAACUGUUGCGAAGAAUAUAGCUGAAGCAACUUCGUCUGUUACUGAUUCUGUAGACAGGUACACACUCAGCUAUACAAGUGCUGUUCCUGAUCAUCAUAGCGGGUGGUGGAGUGUUCUCAGUAAUAGUACGUCUGGAAACCACAGUGAAGGAUCCAGUGAAUCUGAUAGUGAUAGUGAGAGGCUUGAUGUAGCGAGUGGAUUGGCUGUUGAAGUGACAACUAGAGCAAGAUACACUUAUGAGCUAGACAGAUUUCAAAAGAACGCCUUGUUGAUGUUUGUGCAAAUGAAAAGCGAGCCACCGGGGAGUAGCAGAGUAGAAGAAACGACCACUCAAGAUAUAAACGUUAUCCUGGAUACCCUAACCGGUUUUCGGUUCGAAGAGAACACGCACAUAGAUCUCACUUGUAGUGAAAUAGAGAAUAAAUGUCAGGAAUUUUUUCAGCAAAACUUUACCGAGUACGGUGCGGUUAUGGUGGUUGUUCUCACAUUUAACGGCACAACGGGCCAGUUAUCGGCGCUGGACGGCCAAUUAUCAGAAUCGAUUAUUUUGCGUCACUUGACUGACAAUUUGAAUCCAACACUGCUCGGCAAACCUAAAAUAUAUAUUACCGAGGCCAAUCGGAUAAUAUCCUCUGAAAAUGGACUCCGGCUUAUUUCUAUAUCACUGGAAGGACAUCAAGAUGUUUUGGGAUUUCACAUACCAAAAACUAUGGAACAUCAAUCUAUGAUACGACGUCCGCUCCCGCUUAUAUGUGACAACAUCAAGAAUAUGGCUGAUAAUCAUGACUUUGCGACUAUAUUAAAGAAGUCGGCGGAAGAUAUUGCAGCAGAGGCAAACCCCGUGUUUGUGGAUAAUCCUAUAGAAUAUUGCAACAACUUAACAAAAGAGAUGAUAUUAGCGAGAUCUUAAACAAUCACAAUCUUAUUAUUAAGUCUUUUAUAUACCAA